AUGUCUGAGAAUAAUACCUAUGAAAACAUUGAAUUGAAUUUUAUUGUUAAAACUAAAGAAAUUUUUGGAAGAGCUCAGGCGUUAGCUCAGCAACAAAGUGGCUUUUUAACAAAAUCAGAAGUUUUAGGACUUUGUGAAAAAUACAUUGAUGCAAUUGUUGCAACAGUCAAUGAACUUGAACCACUUGAAGAAUAUUGUGCAGAGACUGAUGUUUACAAAAUUUAUGGGAAAAUAUUUCUUUUUGCACAGGAAAUUAUGAUUGGUUCAUUGGAAGGGACAACACUUGGUUUUGAUCUUCUUAGAUGGAAUAAAAAUAGUUUAGAAGAGGUAGAGGAUAUUGCAAAUCAACUUAUUCAAGAUGUUAAAAAUGGAAAGAUGUUGGUUGAAGAUCAUCAAUGUUACUGGAAUCUUGUCAUUUUUAAUAUAUUGACAGGUGAAUUUCAGAAUGCUAAAGGACUUCUCCAAGAGCAUUCGAAUGCUGUUACUUCUGAAGCUUAUGCAACCGUAAUUUCAAAAUUAUCACAACUUAAAUCUUCCUGGUUUUUGUUGGAUUCACCACUUACAAAAUUCAAAGAAUGGCAAGAUGAUCUUAAAAAUCUUCUAAAAACUGGUUUAUUUAAAGCAGAUCCCUAUCUUUCUUGGGUUGUAAAUAUUCUUAUUGGAGAUAUGGAUACAUUUAAACAAUUAGCUGCACAGAAUAUUGAAACAUGGUAUCAAAUUUUACCAGCAGUUGUUUUCUUUUGUUUUCCUGAAACUGAAUUAUUAGAUUUAGGGCCGAUACUUACUCAAGUUUUGGAAAUGUUUCCAAAUCAAGAACUUAAUAUGUUAGAUAAUGUUAUGCUGGCUAUUUUACGUAACGAUUGGAUAAAGGUAUCAGAAAUUCUUUUAAACGAAGUUAACGAUUUUUGGCUUGCUGCUCACAUUUUUGAUAGUGUCUACAAGACUUCACCUACUCUUCUGAUUGUUGAUACAGUUAAUUUAAGGGAUUUAGUCGUUCAACGGUAUGCUGAAACAUUAUUUUCAAAGGGAUGUUAUGUUACAGCAAUAGGAUAUUUUAUGGAGGCUAACCUUCCUAAUGUUGAGGAACUUAUUUCACGGAAAAUUAUGGAAACACCUGAUAUUGAUGAAGAAUCUUCUGGUAUUCUUCUUCAAAUAUGUGAUAAUGUUGGUUUAAAUGAAUGUCGUAAUGAGAUAGGAAAAAGAAUGACUAAAAAGUAUCUUUCUGAAGGAAAUUGGAUGAAUGCUCUUCAAUCAGCUUUGGCAUCUAAAAAUAGAACCUCUAUUGCUAAUGUAUGCAAUACAAUUUUGGAGAAUGCCUCUCCUGAUGAUAUUUGCAAACUUAAUGAAUUAGAUUCUUUGAUGCGUUCUUUUUCUACAAUUCCUCAUGUGUUGAUUUUAAGAAAAUAUAUUCAAUGUAAUAUGGAUAUAAGAGAUGGAGAACUUACUAAAGGAGCUGAAAAUCUUUCACAAAUAAUAUUAUCAAAUCAUGCUUCUACUAAAUUUACUUUUACAUUGAUCAGAGAUUUAGUAAUGGUUCUUGGUACAGCAUCAAAUGAAAAUAUUUCAACAUUUGAUGCUGAAACGUGUCAUCAACUUUCAAGAUUUUUGGCUUUCUUUGAAUUAGAUGUUAAUAGAAUGCUUACAUCUGGAGAUAUAAGUAGUGCUACCAAAAAAUGUUUUGAAAAUGAAAUUGAUCUUUUGAAUGAAAUACGACUUUUCAAAGAAUUACUAAUUAAUGAAAUGACUCGAGCUUUUGUUUUUUAG